AUGUGUAUCAGCGUGGAGCGUUAUUGCGGAGUUAGGGAUUCAUGGCGCUAUCCAAAUGGCAAGCGAUGUAUGAAUAUUGCUCCACUGUCAAUUGGAAUUGCCGUAUGCGUUGCGGUACCAGCGAUACCGUGGGGAAUGUAUACUGAUGCAGUGGAUGUGCCCUAUGUAAGAAGCAGUGGAAGAGUAUUGCAUGAACCUCAUUACAUUUGCGAAUUGACACGAUCUGUGCUACGUGUAUCUGCGUUUCACUUCAUUUGCUGGACGCCAUUCUGGUUCUUCACGUUCGUACCGCCAGUCAUCGAUUACUUUGAGCUCGAUUACGACGACAGCCUUAGCUGUCAUGAGAAGGAAUGGGACUGUCAAGUUCGAGACUGCGGUGAAGGCGGUAAGACAAAUGUUCUGGAAGAUGAGAUCAAACGGAAUUUUGAAUGUUUGGAUAUUUUCAGGGUAAUGAAUGCCCGACUGGUUGCCAACUUGCUGCCUUAUGUCAACUCUUCAGGUGUGUUGCAAGUUUUUUAUUGA